AUGGCUUCCACCGCUGGAUCACCGCCAGCAGCCACCACGCCGGCAACAUCAGUAGAUGUGAAGCCUAUUCUUUCACGAAAGCCAUCUCUAUGCAUGAAACCAGUACAGGAGGCUCCCGCGCCGUCGCCCAGUUCCGCCUCACCACCGCUGUCUCUGACUAGCAAGGAAUGGGUCAUUCCCCCACGGCCAAAGCCCGGCCGCAAGCCGGCCACAGACACUCCUCCAACAAAGCGGAAGGCACAAAAUCGCGCUGCACAAAGGGCCUUUCGAGAGCGCCGUGCCGCGAGAGUCGGGGAAUUGGAGGAGCAACUUAAGCAGAUUGAGGAGGAAAAUGAGCAGGAACAGCAAGCGUUAAAGAACACGAUCCAGAAGCUCGAGACAGACCUCGACCAAUAUAGAGCGGACCUUAGCAACUGGGUCGAACGCUGUCGAAAGCUGGAGGGCGAGCUUGCCUCACUCAAAGCCCUCCGGCCAACCCUCGGAAAGUCCGGUGAUAACACACCGAGCCAAGAAAAACAGUCUCCAACAGCUGCACCAGAUGUCAGCGACAAUUCGGUCGGCUGUGGCAAUUGCACGCUUGAGACGCGUUGCCAAUGUAUCGACGAUGCCUUCACUUCCAUGGGCGGGGAAGCCGCCGCCGCCGGCACUCAUCAACAUGAGAAACGAGCCCGCUCACCUCAACCUCUUGAAGGCGAGAAAAGGAUCAAGGUCGAGCCAAGUGACAGUCUCGAAAUUGAUUUCACGACGGUUUAUGCCUCCAAGUCUCUGCCGAGUAUUACUCGAGUGGACGAUCGGUCACCAACAACGACGGUGGCAGACCCCUGUGGCUUCUGUUCGGACGGCACGCCAUGUAUUUGUGCCGAAAUGGCCGCGGAGCAGGAAAUGCAGCAACAGGAACAGCAGCGAGAGCAAAGCAGUCGAAUGUUAGCCACGUCUCGACCCGCGGCGGGAGGAUUGACUCUCAGCCAUCCAAGGCAGCUGGAUCAAUUCACUCCGCCUCCAUCUGAAGGCGAUGUCUCAAUGUCCGUCCCCGCCGUGGCUCCAGCAGCAUCCGCUGGAGGGUGUGGUGCUGCCGGUCCGGGAACAUGUGCCCAAUGCCGUGCCGACCCGAACAGUACUCUGUUCUGCAAGUCCCUAGCCGCUUCGCGUGCUCAGUCGGCAAGCGACAGUCCCGCUGUCGCCGGCGGUUGCUGUGGUGGGCGAACCGCCGGAGGAUCUUGUUGCCAGAGCCAAGCACCGAAUACGAAUGGCUCGGUCCCUCUUCCUCCACGAAACACACGUUCACGCGCUGCAGCGGCUGUCACAGGCAAGGGUCACAACGCACUCCCCCCGCCAGGCCCGAAGGCCGGCGUAACCUUGACGUGUGCCGACGCCUACACGACCCUCAGUCGUCAUCCGGCGUAUGAGCGUGCAAGUGCCGAUAUUGCUACUUGGCUUCCAAAGCUGCAUGCCAGCGAUGCUCACCCGGCAAUGUCUGGACGGCCAGCGUUGGAGAUUGAUGCUGCUAAUGUCAUGGCGGUUUUGAAGGACUUUGACCGCCGCUUCGGACAGAACUGUUGA